AUACCCUCGUGACAUCCAUGGAUCCUUCUACAGUAAUGUAUAAGAGGACAAGUCGUCCUCAACGCUUCGGAUAGUCACCUCAUUUUCUGCUGUGUGUCUUUCUAAAACCACGAACGUCAUUCCCCGGAAGCCAGACUCGGCUCGACCCCAUCCUGUCGACUAUUCAUUCAUAUACAACCCCCAGAUAUCAUCACGGCCAUAUCAACAAACACCAUGAGCGACGACCACGGAAAAGCUCCUGCCCAUAUCAACGGUGGCAGCAGCAGGGAUGUCCGCAGCGAUGAGCCUUUGGUUAAGGUCCAGCCGCCCCGACGCGAGGAUCUCCAGCCUUCAUAUGCCAAAAUAAUCAAGCCCGAUACGCAAGAGGACAGCCACGGCUGGUAUGGUGCUAUGAUUGAUGGCCUGGGCUCUCUUAUCGGUACUCUUGGAGCUAUCCCAUGCUGCAUCUGCUGCCCGAAUCCGUAUAAACCCGUGUCGCAGGGAAAUGUAGGAUUGGUGACCAAGUUUGGACGCUUUACACGUGCCGUGGAUCCCGGUCUUGUGAGAGUGAAUCCCCUCUCCGAGCAUCUCAUUCAAGUCGAUGUCAAGAUUCAGAUUGUUGAGGUUCCUCAACAAGUCUGCAUGACCAAAGACAACGUCUCCCUCCAACUCACAUCGGUAAUUUACUACCGCAUCACCUCCCCCCACAAAGCCGCCUUCGGCAUCUCCAACAUUCGUCAAGCCCUCGUCGAGCGCACCCAAACCACCCUCAGGCACGUCAUCGGCGCUCGCGUCCUCCAAGACGUGAUUGAGCGCCGCGAGGAAAUCGCCCAGAGCAUUCGUGAAAUCAUCGAGGAGACGGCAAUGGGCUGGGGCGUAGAAGUCGAGUCCAUGCUCAUCAAGGAUAUCAUCUUUAGCCAGGAGCUUCAGGACUCCUUGUCCAUGGCCGCGCAAUCCAAGCGCACGGGAGAAGCCAAAGUCAUCGCCGCACGGGCAGAAGUCGAGAGCGCGAAAUUGAUGCGGCAAGCAGCCGACAUACUCAGCUCUGCUCCAGCGAUGCAGAUCCGCUAUCUCGAAGCUAUGCAGUCGAUGGCGAAGACGGCAAACUCGAAGGUCAUCUUCUUGCCGGCGCAGAACCAGACGGUGCUGAACCAGCUGGCGCAGGCGGAUGCGGCGGGCGAGGGACCCAGCAAUUAUAAGGCGGGCACCAGUGCGGAGCACGAGUAUGGUCAUGGGAAUGAGGGGUUCCAGUCGGCGAUCAACGCGAGGGUGAUUGAGAAUAUGUGAGGGGACGGAAUGAGGUGAUGGAGACCGCUCCUACAUCUGCAUUUUCAGGCUUGAACCCCCUUGUCACGAUUGCUCUGGAAAUCUGGGAUGUCGCUCAUAGGUUUAUGUUCUCGUUCUUUCUGUGUUAUUCACGAUUUUUCUACCUGAAGGCGUACCGGGAGGGAAGUGUGGUGGUGGACAAGGCGACAUCUUGAUACCCAGGUUUCUCUGCUAAAUCAUUCGUUUGCAUUCUUCAGCUCUCGGUUAUACUCUCGUGUUAAUUAUUAACUAAUUAUGGGACGUGAUUUUGCAUGCUUUGCCUUGCUCAUUACGGUUCCUUAUACGUAAUGAUAUCUAACGGUGUGAUCACCAUCGUCAUCAC